AUAAAAUCUUGUGUGAAAAUGAUAAGUAAUACAUUAAUGAGAGAAGAUGGAAUAGUGGAAUAUUCAGGUGAUAUUGACAAAGAAACAUCAGUUAAAUAUGAUGAACCACAUUAUUCAGCAGAUGAUGAAUAAGUAAUAUGUUUUAAUAUAAUGUCUUAGUAAUGUGAAGAAUUUGAAAACGAAGUUGAAGUUCCUAUUUACACUCCUUAAUAAUUGUCUUCCUACAAGAAACCAAGUCCAGUAUUUUAAGAUGAAUUUAUAUUGGAUGAAGAAUCUAAAAAGAAGGUGUGCAUUGAAGAAUGUACUACAACAGAACAAUCUGAGGAUUAUCCUGCAUUAGGAGAUCUGGAAAUGCUGGCCGCUAUGCUUUUAAAAGAGAAUUAGAAAAAGUUCUCUUAUCCUAAGGAUUUGCCAGUACCAACAAAUGUAGAGUAACAUCUAGAGGAAUUGAGAAUGAGAUUCAACCCAUCUUAAAAAUAAGAGGACUUCAUUUCAACAUACGUCAAGGGUGAUGAUUUGCUCAGAAUCAAAGUAGGAUUAUGUGAGGAAAUACUGAAUGAUGAAGAAACAUAGAAAUUUGAAGUUUGGGUUGAAUAACUUUGCACAUCUACUAAUCAUGAAUCCUUAAAAGAGAUGGCAAGGAAAUAGAAAGUGAAGAGAUACUUAGAAAAAAAGCAUAGUAGAACUUACGAAAAGAAAGUUCAUUAUCAUAUUAGACAAAAGGUUGCUGAAGAAAGACUCAGAGUAAAGGGUAGAUUUGUAACAUGGACAUAGGUAAUAAAUACAAUCAUAUAUUAUUAGGCUUUGAAAAUGUUAAACGAACAAUAAGAUUCUAAUAAGUCAUGGACUUAUAAUGAUUAUUUUAAAAUCAAAAAUUUACUAAAUGAAAAAUUUGGAGCUAUCAAAAGUGAAAGAUCACUUUAAUUUUGA